UCUGUUACCACAGGAGAAAUAAACCAGCUGUUUCCCUAGCGAAGAGGCAGCCUAAGGGUCUGGGCUGGGAUUGCGAAGGGAGCCAAUGGGAGUUUGACUUGAACCUGGCUCCUAACUCCCCAGGGCUCACUACCUUGAUGCUCAUGGUUUGGGCGCUACCUGAGCAAAGGAAUGGCUGGGCAGGGGCUAACCUGGGGAGAGGGGUCUCAGCCCCUCUGCAAACCAGGCCCUACAUCUGGGCAUCAACAAAGGACAGAAGUGACACAGCUCUGGCCCCCACAGCUAUUCCCGGCUUGUCUCAGGGCUGCAGCCUCCUCAUCGUCGCAUGUAUCCAGGGGAUGAAGGUGGAGACUCUUGUGUACACCCCAGGAGGUUUCUCAUCCUCGGAUCCCCAAGAGACAAUGCCCUGGGCUGUUUCCCCACACACCAGGGGGCCCCCAGAAUUGCCCUGUGAAAUAAAACAAGCCACAGAUGGAGAACAGCUCACGGAGUCAUUUCCUGCUGAUGCACAGCUCAGUGACAGCCCCCGGUGCAGCCGGAUUCAGUGUCACCCCUCAAUCUCUACCUAGUCUCUGCUUGGCUCCCAGCUGGUCUCAGCCCCCAGUCCCCACCCCCACAGCUGUCUCUGCCUUCCCCUGGGAGAAGAACAGCUAUUUUUAUCAUUCAUUUGUACAGCACCUAGUGCAGUGGGGCCUGAUCCCCGAUCGCUGCUCAUGGGCCCAACUGCAACGAAAACAGCCUCAUUAAUAAUAACAAUUUAUCAAGGAUGCUUGAAGUCAGGAGGAGAUUCACCUCCCAAGAGUCUUUGCCCAUCUUCGGAUCUCCCCCCCCCACAUCAUACUGGAGGCGUUAUAGUCACGAUAUGGCCCAUUAAGUUUCCUCGGACAUGCAGCAUCCUGCAUCACAACCACGUCCACCUCCCAGAGCCUGGCCAGGGUCAAUUCACUCUCUGUGCUAGUGCUGCCCCACAGAGACAUGCCCCACGCCCACACAAUCACAUUUCAGAGAGGUGGUACUAGACACCCCAAUGCCAGGUAUGGUACAAACACACCCCAAAGAUAACGAGAACAUACAGACACUUCCUAGAGACAAGGUCAGGAUGACAGUGUGAUGGACAGUGGGGUUUUAAUCAAACCAAUAUGUACAAGGUAAUGGGCUGUAACAGACCACAUCAGAGGGCCGUCACUAACCAUGCCAGAUGGACAAUAUGUAACUUGUUUUUAUUAAUGUAUAAAAUGAAGCCCCAAAGAGAGUGUUUCUGUUUGGCCUAGGGGUGAACGGAAAGUCCUGCCAUUCACUGAGCUGGUCCAUUGCAAAAGUCAUACAUGUGUCAGUGUACCUGUAACCAUUGAGCCAGGGCAUUAGGACUGUGCUUCAUGGACAAUAAAUCUGACCAAGUUCCUUAGCUACUCACAAGUCUGCAGUUACUGUUCGAUCAAGGUCUGCUCUGCCAGCUGUCUGCGCAGAGCUGGGACAGCACACAGAGAGAACACACAUGGAGCCAAACAUCUGACCACACUGGUGACCCCUGACCAUGGAGCUGGUAAGUAGGUGAGAUCAUUGGGGGCCGGGAAGCCAAGCCCCACUCCAGACCCUACAUGGCCUAUCUGAAUAUACGACGUGAAGACAAGAGUGUUCGCUGUGGAGGGUUCCUGGUGUCGGAGAACUUCGUGCUGACGGCUGCUCACUGCAAUGGAGAGGACAUCACCGUGCUCCUCGGAGCUCACAACGUCAGUCGUGAUGAGGAGACUCAACAACGAGUCUCUGUGCAGCGCAAGAUCCCCCACCCUAGAUACAACAGCAGGAGCCGUGAGAAUGACCUGAUGCUCCUACAGCUUGUGGAGCCGGCAAACUUGACUGAUGCCGUGGACACCAUUCCGCUGCCCCAGGCUGGCCAAGCCGUGGAGCCAGGGUACACGUGCAGCGUGGCAGGAUGGGGCAGGACCAGCCUGAAGACAAAAACAAAUGUUCUCCAUGAGGUGGAGUUAGAGGUGAUGUCAAAUAAGACCUGCCAAAACCGACGCCACUACAGGCCCAUGAUGAUGAUGUGUGUUGGGGACCCCAACCAGGACAAGGCCUCAUUCUUGGGCGACUCCGGGGGCCCCCUGGUGUGCGAUGAGGUGGCCCACGGCAUCGUCUCCUUCGGCAAGAAGAACGGGAGCCCCCCGAGGGUGUUCACCAGGGUCUCCACGUACAUCCCCUGGAUCGAGACAAAAAUGAGGGGUCUCAGCAGCCCUGGGCCCCAUGUUGAAAGGCUGGGGCCCCUACACUGAAGAGGGCAGAGUUGGGUUUGUGUUUGUGGAAGGAGCCCCUCCCCAGAGCAGUGGUGCUGAGCCCAAUGGGUGCUUGAAUAAAACCCAGCUUCGUACUCACCCCAUGUAAUAAA